AUGGGUGUCUUAUCUCUGACUCUCCUCUCGGGGCGACACCUCCUGCGUCACGCCCGCCUCUCCCCCGUCACUGUCCGCAGAGGCUGGAGUGAGCUGGCCCCGGUCCGGCCCCGGUGCUUCCCGCUCUCUCACCGGGCUCUGCUGAAGAUCCACGGCCCGGACACCAGCGCCUUCCUCCAGGGAAUCAUCACCAACGACAUGCGGCUGCUGGAAGAGCCAGAGCAGGCCACGCUGUACUCCCACCUGCUGAACGUACAGGGCAGGACGCUGUUUGACGUCUUACUCUACAGACUCCAGGAAGCCGAUUCCCUGUGUGGCGUUCUCCUGGAGUGCGACGGCGGACUCACAAACUCCCUCCUGAAACAUUUGAAAAUUUACAAAAUCCGGCGCAAAGUGACCGUGGAGCCGUGUCCCGAGCUGUCCGUUUGGGCCGUGCUUCCCGGUGAGGCCAGUAAACCCGAGCUGCUGACCCCAGAGAAGGCCACUGCGCUGGAGGCCGAUCCCAGGACAGAGAGCAUGGGCUGGAGACUCGUGAUGGACAAGAGCGAAGACCCAAACCACGUCAUCCCAUCGUUUCAUAAAGGAGAGGUGGAGGAGUAUCACAAGCACCGAUACUCGAUAGGUCUGCCUGAGGGAGCGAAGGACAUCCCCCCCGGCGUGGCCCUCCCUCUAGAAUCCAACCUGGUCUUCAUGAACGGCAUCAGCUUCACCAAGGGCUGCUACAUCGGACAGGAGCUCACCGCCAGGACCCAUCACACGGGCGUUGUCCGGAAAAGACUCAUGCCCACCCGCCUCUCCGCUCCGUUCUCAACCCAAAACCUGGAGGAAGGAGCCCCUCUGCAGACCCGCGAAGGCAAGCCGGCCGGGAAGCACCGGUCUGGGCUCGGGGACUUGGGUCUAGGCCUGGUGAGAACAACUCAAGCCAAAGAAGAGCUGACAGUGAAAUCUGUGGAUGGCCAAACUGUGACGCUGAAGGCCUCGGUGCCGGAUUGGUGGCCCCUAGAAGCCAAGCUCAACUUAGAGAGAGUUUGA